CGUCACUUCCCCUCGAGGCGCCUGCGGCCUCGCUGUUGCUGCUGCUGCUGCGGGGAGUUUACCGCUCCCCCCCCCCCGCCUCUGGUAGCGCCUCCACCACCCCGCCUCGGCCUCCUCCACCGUCGCUCUCCCGCGCCAAGCAGCAGCAGGAAGAGGAGGAGGGGACACGCGAGGUCGUGGGAGAUCCGUUCGACAGCUUCACGUCGGUCAGUGCGGGUGGGAAACCCUCGAUAAGCCGACCACAUCGUGAUGCAGCUGGUUCUCCUGUGAUGUCACUAAGCCCCACCCAUCAUCUACCAUCGAGCAGUGCACAUGGAAACAGAGGGAUGCGGGGCAGUGACAACGCUGGCGUGCAGGUGGAGAGCCGGCCGAAGGGACAGGCUCACAAGAAAAAGACAAAGAAGAAGAAGAGGCAGAGUGAGGUGGUAAAUCUUCUGGCCGAGCUGCCCUUCCUUCACACCGACAUCUCCGCAGAGUUCAGCAUCAAAGAGCAGCACCAAGGAAAGAGGAAACGAAAAGGAUGGGAGAAUGAGAGGAAGGGAGACGCAGCCGACACUGAUGAAAAGAAGCGGAGACCAAACUACUUUGUGGCGAUUCCCAUCACCAACAACAAGGUGGUAGCUGGCAUCCAGGCCGUCCAGGAGGGAGUGGUGCAGCGAGACCCGAGACUGAUGCCGGCGCUCAUUCCCGUUGCCACGCUGCACAUCACCAUGCUCGUGGUCCACCUUGCCACGGAGCAGGUUAGCAAUGCUGUAAGCGCCAUGGAGCUCUGCCAGAAGAAGUUGAGAACUCUUGUGCCAGGACCACCGGUGGUGCUACCAUUUGAGGGCAUUGGAGACUUUAAAAAUGAGGUGGCAUUUGUCAAGAUAUCUGAUGGACACCACAUGUCCAUACUCAACGAGAUUGCAGAAACGAUCUAUAAUUGCUUUGAAGAGAAAGGCAUUGCUGUGGCAGAUGGAAAAGCCUUCAAGCCUCACCUUACUUUCAUGAAAUUGUCAAGGGCUGCAAAGCUAAGGCGCCAGGGCAUCAGGAAGAUCGACCCGAGCUUCUAUGAAGACUCGAAAGAGGAGUCCUUCGGGGGGGAGCUGCUACAUCGGCUCGAUUUGUGCGCGAUGCUGAGGAAGAAACAGCCCAGUGGCUUCUACCACUGUGAGGCCACGAUAGCUCUUGGUUAGGACUGCCAGCUGGGUGCCUUUCAGAACCGGGGAUUGUCACAGCACCUGUUGUGGUGGUGACUCAGUGCUUGUGACGCAGGCAUUUAACUUCAUGGUGACCAGCCCGUUGUGAAGGAGGAGGAAGUAGAACUGGCGGCAUUGAGCAGGCGGCUGGUGGACACGGCUGUGAAGAGGGCGGUGCUGCAGCUCAUUCACGAGACCCAAGUGCUGCCUGGUGGCACAGAACACAUUAAGCAGCACCCGCGGCCUGCGGGAGACCAUCCUGACACGCCGCCACGUCAGACAGAGGAGUAGUGCACAGAGGGGGGACGGAAUAGAUGAGUGUUCUCACAAAAAUACAAGCGGCUUCAGAAACCAAACGUGGAAUCUGUGAACUGCUGCAACAACAGUGGUAAUGCCACUUCCGUGAUGGGUGUUUUUCUUUUUUAGAGAAAACAUUUUUUUUUGCAUUUUCCCAGAUCACUUUGGCGAUAUGUUGCCAGGAAUUGUUGAAAGCGAAUACAAAUAUAUGUUUGGGCUCUUUCGUGGAAUGUUUUUUUCUAAUAUAUAUAAGGAUUUAACGGUUGGUGUGCUAUGUACAGUUAAAUCGUAAAAAUAUUGUUUUAUUAACGUUCAGCUUCGUGUUCCUCUUGGGUAUUUUAAAUUCAAUUUGUUGUCAGCAUGAAAAAUUACAUUUUCAAAUGUAAUUGAUACGUGCAUUUCCAUUUUUGAAAAAUAUGAAAAUUCAUUAACUUAGUUAAUUCUGUAUUUCUUAUAAAAAAUAUAAUAACUGGCCUGAAAGCAAGUCAAACACGGAGUUUGAGUAGUUGAGAACUGGCGUCCAUUAUCCGGUGAGAUUUAGAUUUUAUGAGUUGAUGAAUAUUGGGAUAAAAUUGUCAAAUAUCUGACAAACCAUACAUGAGCGUGUGUGUUCAACAGUGUCACCCUACAGUGAUCAGCAGUCGUCUCGUGGGUAUCACCUUUUGAUGAGCGUCACGUUUUACAUUUGGAAACCACAAUUGUGGUUGUCAUGACUAAAUUUAUCACAAAUGUCCUAGCUUACUGCUUUGACUUAAUUUAAAACCAGUUUGUGGCGAUGUUAUUAAUUGCUCUAGCGUUAACAUGUUGUUUUCAUUGCAUCGUGCUGAUAUGUAACUCCCACUUAUUAUUUUAGGAUGCAUUUUGUGUACCACGAGUUGCACCAAAAAAUAUAUGCAUUUACGAUGCAUUCACGUGUGAAUGCCGUGCAGUCUUUACGAGUUGCAGCGUGUUUCAUCAGCAUUUUAGGACUCGGCCAUCGGCGAUUGUGCAUCUCGUGUGACUUUUCUCGCUGGAAUAAGAUGUUAGAAAAUGAAGCUCUCAACCAUUAGAUGUUAGAAAAUGAAGCUCUCAACCAUUAGAUGUUAGAAAAUGAAGCUCUCAACCAUUACCAUUCUGUUGCCCUCUCCUGUCCUGACCUAGCACAAUGCCUUCACUCGCUACUUGGUGCCGACUUGUGCCAUGGAAGUCUCCAGUAGCAGAAGAGCUUGCUUGGCACCGUGCGAAAGAUACACGCUGUAUUCUAUUACAAAAUAGCUCUCCAGCAUCGUACAUAACCUGGAGCAUCAUCAACACCUUCAUCCUAAAAUUAUUUAAAUGUAUUAUUUGAUGAUUCGCUUCCACGCAGCACUAAGGCGAAUCUAUAAAAAUUGAAAGAAAAAAAAAUAAUUGUAACCGUUUGGAUAGCUACCGCCUUAGUGCUGCGUGGAAGUGAAUAAUCAAAUAAUACAUUAUUUAAAUGCAUGCCUAUAAACGUCACCAUACUUUAAUAGAGAUUACCGUUGGUACGGCUAUUUUGAUACACCCGAGAUAGGAAGGACAAUAUCCAAAGGGCUCGCAUAAUGCACAUGCAUAAUGUACGUUGACUCAUUAAUCCCCCCCACUUUGCACAAGAGCACAGAAGCGUAGUCACCACAUCUAUGCCUCUAUAUAAGCAACUAAACAGACUUUUCCAAAAAUCUGGCUGUCGCCUGAUGAAGCUAGUUGUAAUUACUGUACUGGCAAAACGUCGUACUCAGAUUGUAAAUGUUUUGGCUUAGCUCUCCAACACACCGGUGUGCUGUACUAGUGACGAAUUGGCAUGUUCUGUUUACGUGACAACCCUUACUAGUUGGCUGUGUCGGGUGGUGGUGAGUUUUAACGACACAUUUAUUUACACGAUCUAACCCAAAAAAAGUCUAUUAUGGUUGUAGUUGGUUAUUACUAUUUCGCUAUUUUUGCAGCACGUUUCGAUUGUUAUCGCAGGAUUUUGCUUUUUUAUUUAAACCACUGCUUUAUAGGUUAUUUGUUUUUAAAAACCAGUUUAAGGUCAUUCACAUGAAAAUGAUGCAGUUUAAUGGUGCCUUUAAAUGAAAGAGCACCGCUUAGUGGUGGUUAUUUUUUUUUAAACCUCAGGAUACAUUAUUUUCCUCAAUCUUUGUCCCUUCAGCUCUCUUGUCCAGCUUCUCCAUCAUAUAGGUCUCUCAAGGCCUCCACCUUCCCCCAUGGGCUGCGUAUUCUAACACAAUCUGCCCUUUCCCAUCCUUGCCACGUGUCCAGUUUUUAUUGGAAAUUGCCUCUUCACACUCGAGCGUCUCGUCGAUCCGAGCGACCGUGUCCUCGCAGGCUCACGCGGCUCCGUGUGCAGCGGAGGCUGCAUCGCAGGUGCAGUUGUGAGAUUCACACUCGAGAUGCCUGCUUUCAGGGACAGGCAUUGAGCUACCCACUGCACUGCCUUCGUGAAUGUAACAAAUGCCAUGGUUUUGAAAAUGUAUUGAAAUAAAAUAUAUUUUACUGAU